AUGACGAUCAUCACCAGGAUACGCACCUCCAAGCCCAGACGAGCUAUUCUCGUCACUGGUGGGGCCGGCUUUAUCGGCUCCCAUCUUGUCGAAGCUCUUCUUGCUGAGGGCGGUUGGAGAGUUGUCGUUGUUGACAACUUCGAUGAGUUCUACGACCCUGCGAUCAAGCGCGCCAACCUUGCGCCUCAUCUUCUGAACCCGAAUCUGAGGCUUUACGAAGCCGACAUUGAGGAUCUCGAGGCCCUUCAGACUAUCUUCGCUGACAAUGGCUUUUCCGCUAUUGUUCAUCUGGCAGCCCGCGCUGGUGUUCUUCCUUCAUUGAGCCAGCCCAACAAGUACUUUGAUACCAAUGUCAAUGGCACUCUGAACCUGCUUCAGUGCGCUAGAGAGUUUGGCGUCAAGCAGUUCCUCUUCGGAUCAUCAUCGAGUGUGUACGGUCUUGGCGCCAAAGCUCCAUUCAACGAGAACUACAAGAGCACACAGCCCAUUUCUCCCUACGCAGCAUCCAAAUCUGCUGGAGAACUGCUUUGCCACACAUACUCUCAUCUGUACGACAUUCGCUGCAUCUGCCUUCGUUUCUUCACCGUUUAUGGCCCUCGCCAGCGUCCAGACCUUGCUAUCCACAAGUUCACGAGGCUCAUUCACCAAGGAAAGCCUAUCCCGCUCUUCGGAGAUGGCUCUUCCCGUCGAGACUACACAUAUGUCGACGAUAUCAUUGAUGGUAUUUUCGCUGCUCUCAAGUAUGAAGGAUCUGACUACGAGGUCUUCAACCUUGGAGAGUCACAGACCAUCCAGUUGAGAGAUCUUAUCGGUGCUCUUGAGGACACAUUAGGACGCAAGGCACGCAUUGAUAGAAAGGGAGAGCAAGCUGGCGAUAUGCCCAUCACCUACGCCGACAUCUCCAAGGCGGGAGCCAUGCUUGGAUACAAGCCCAAGACGCAAGUUCAACAGGGCAUUGUCAAGUUUGUCGCUUGGUAUCUCAGCCAAUGUGGUCCCUGA